UGACAGUUACUUGUCAAAGUUUUGAACGUAUGUAUACUAUAUUUAUGUUAAGUAUGUACGUUUAUCUUGUGUUUAAUAAAAGACAAUAAAUAAAUACUAAUAUAUAUUUAACGAUAAAUAGUGACAUUGCAUUGAUAAGCAACAUCUGAUACGUAAUGUGAAUAUAUAUUAUCAAGUGGACUGGCAGACUUGCUCCGAAUUCUGGUGCAAUUAUGAAACAGGUUUAAUAAGGAAAACAGAUUUAUAAGGAAAACAGAUCUAUAAGGAAAACAAUUUUAUAAUUUAAGAUCGGUUUAUACCAGUCGUCUUGAUGGUUGUAAGAAUAUUAUAAGAAAGUCCGUAUUACAUGUAACAUAAAGGCCCCGAAAACCAAGUUUUUAUAUACAUAAAAUUUACAACAUAUUUGAAAGGUGAGCUGAAAACAUCACUAGUUUUGCCAACGGUGAAGAAUUCGUAUUUUUCACUAACUUUCAGGAUGGCUACUAUACUGGACGUGUUUAAUGACGAUGUCUGGCGUCUCGUACUGGACUGGCUGCACACUGAUGACAUUAUAAGGUCCGAGCGAGUCAGCCGAGACUGGCAGGAUGUCAUAUACCGGUACCUCCAGAGUGUUGGUAUGAGCAUAGAAUAUGGUACUCGUCCCAAGCUCUGGUACGGGCAGAACCACAAGCUGUCUCACUCCUACCGCAUACUGAGGAUAGAGGAAGACAAUCCAGAGAUACUUAAGAAUUUACUACAGAAAUGGGGUCCAUGUGUCAAGAAGGCGGAUUGUGUACACAGUACUAUGGAGGUUAUUAGGAAGUGCUGCCCCAAUUUAAAAGAUAUUACAUUUUAUGGAGUACCCAACGAUGUCUUAGUAAGUGGAUCAUCACAUGUCUUCAGAAAGCUGAAACGAGUACACUUCAAAGGAUGCAAUUAUUUGACAGAUAAAAGCGUCAGGCAGUGGCUGGCCAGCUACAAUAUUGAGGAGCUGUUAGUGUGGGAAGCCGAUGAAAUAACUGGAAGGUUCUUGCUAUCUUCACACUCCACAAAACUAAAGCGUCUCUCCUUUAAAGACUGCCGGGGCUUGUACUUCCGUUGUCUUCUCUCCGCUGUCAAAUACCUAACACAGUUAAGGAAAUUGGAACUGAUAUAUUGUUAUAAAGAGAUCUACUAUAAUGUUCAUAAAUUGUUAGACGAGUUGCCAGAUUUAGAGGAUUUGUGUUUGCGGUGGGAAAAGAGGUUGGACUUGGGAUACGAUUGGGCCGAAGCAGUGGGGAGGAUGAGGCUACGGCGGCUGGAUGUGAGCUUCAAUCCUAAUGUGACGGACGAGUGGCUGGCACGGGCCUGCCGAGGCUUCGGUCAACUCAAUGAACUGCUUUUGGAACGCUGUGUGGGUUUCACGGGCCGGGGGGCAAGAGCGGCGUGCAGCGCGGCGGGCCCGGCUCUGCAAGGCCUGCAGCUCGGCUCCAAUACGCAGCUGUUCAACUCCUAUGUCGAGGAUAUUGCCAAGGCUUGCCCGAACCUCGUGUGGCUCGACUUGUCCUUCUGCCACGGGAUAACGAAUGACAUCAUAGAAGAGGUGGCAAACGCGCGUACCGUCCGCAACAAGAAGUUGAGGCUGAUUGUCGAGUGCACCUACGUCGAAGAUGUUGAGGAGGGUCAAUUUCCAUGGAUUAUCGUCGAAUUCGGGGACUACUAUUCAUCCAAAACCUCUUCCUUUCCAUGUAACACCAAAAAGAAAUGACCACCCGUAGACCUUACGGGUUCGCAGCAAGGCU